GCAAUCAAACCCUCGUAUCCCCUGACACGAACCAAGCUUCGGGGGUACCUGCUGUGGCGUCUGCCCUCCCGCUUGUGUGUGCCACGUCAUCCGCAGCCCCUUUCUCUUCCCUGCUUAGCAGAAGACGAGUGCACUGACUCUUUUUUUUUGGUUUGGACUUCCCCCUGGCGUGCCCCAACGGCAGUGGGCGGGCCAACAAGGAUGAAGCGCAAGGCCACCAAGAGAAAACCAAUUCCCUUGGUCCCGCCGGCCAUCCGAUCGAGGAAAAAAGCGAGGCAGAUCGUCACCACCUUCCACAAACUAGAGAAGGAGGCCGACGAGGUGUCGUCGAGCACUGCCCCCGACAAACAGGCGCGGCUUGAGCGAUUAGAGCGCGAGCUGGACGAAAUGGGAGGGAGGGAGGCUUACCAGAGCGCAAGCUUGCUAAGCGUCAGCUUUCACAACACUUCAAAGUGGGUUACGAAGCAGCUCGCGGGCAAGUUGGGCUUGCGGCCGGCAAACGGAGAACCGCCACUGCGGGUGCUUGAGGUGGGUGCCAUCAACACUCGGCUGUUGGACGUGCCGUGGUUGGACGUGAGGGCGAUCGACCUCAAGUCGCAGCACCCACGGAUCGAGGAGCGCGACUUCUUCUCGUUGGAACCAGCGGGAGAAUACGAUGUGGUGUCUUCAAGCAUGGUGAUCAACUGUGUCCCGACAGCCAAGGGCAGGCACGAGAUGCUGGUGGGGUACCGACAUCACCUUCGCAACGGGGGGCACCUCUUCCUCGUUCUCCCCCUCCUCUGCCUCACGAAGAGCACACGGACUACGCGAGAGUCUUUCUUGGAAACCCUCUCGCGAAUUGGAUUCACGGUCGUCGCGAAAAAGGAGACCCCAAAAGUGGCGUUUUUCUGCUUGAGGAACACACCGCUGGAGGCCCGGGACGUUCAAGUUGGCGGGUCCUCGCUAGCCACGAAAGACGGCGGGACGAGGGGUGCGGGAGCGGAGAAGGGGAUCUCCAGAAAGAGGAAACAUGGAGCAAAUGACUUUGCUGUAUCACCGUAGCUUUGUUGCGUUGCCCGAUGUGCAGUGGUGUUUGCUCUCUGACUUUCGUAGGAUGGAAUCGGGCGUGCAUCUGGAUGGCGCGGAUGGUGUGGUCCUGCUUUGUCGAUUGUUAAGAAUAGAUGAUCUGGCAAGGAGUUGAAUUCAUGAUUAUUGACAAGUGCUGGCCUUGGAAGUGUUGGCACACGAAUGCACCCCAUAGCCCAAUCGAAGCAGCACGCGGAGGCGAAAUCGAAAACACCCAAUAGCACAACGACUGCGGAAAAAUAGCGAAGGACGCGUGUCAUCGUACACCGUCGUGUUCAUCC